AUGAUGGAAAGAUCAAAAUUCAAAACUGCAGAACCUAAAGAAAAAAAGAAAUGCAGUAAAAAAGAAAAAAAAAUUUAUGUAACCAGUAAUGAUAAUUCACGGAUAUUCGGAGAAUUUGCAGAUAUUCAUAAAGAAUUUACGGAUAUUUAG